AUGUCGUCACUUCAUUCGAAGAGAAUUGUGUUUGAUAGAACCUUCCCUGAAUUCAAGCAAGACUUAGAACGUUUGUUCGAUUUCGCGGGGCUAGAUCCAGUUUCUGGAAUGAAUAUGUAUCAAUUGGUUUAUGAUAUGUGUACUUCUUAUCCUAAGCCGCAUACAAAGAAAUUAUUUAAUUCUAUUGCCGAUUUUUUGACUCAAUAUACUACAAAAAUCCGAAUGUCAAUUUUGGAUCAUGAUGACGUAGUCAGCGCUUAUGUUAGAGAAUGGGAACAUUACAGAAUUGCUUCCGAUGCUUCUAGCAAGAUAUGUGAAUACCUUAACAAACGUAUAUUAGACAAGGAUCCUAAAGAUCAUAGUAAGAUGGAUAAAAACCGUCCUGUUGAAGGUGGCAAAUAUAAAAGGCAAACUGUUCACGCGCUGGCGUAUCUGAUAUGGAAAGAGCGAAUUAUUGACGACAUAAGAUUGAAGCACUCUGAUCGGUUUAUGUAUCAGAUAUUUGAACUGAUCCGAAGAGAUAGGGACGGAAAGGAUACAGUGCCUAAUGUUGUCGCAGAUGCAAUUAAUUCUCUCGUCGAACUUAAUACCUUUACCGAGAACAAACAAUUACAUUUGUAUAAUGAAGUGUUGGAAAGGCCAUACUUGGAAAAAACACGACAAUAUUACGAAAGAGAAGCUGCUGCUGUAAUAUCAAAUGAUAACAUUUCUCAAUAUAUGAAAAAGGCUAACGAAAGAUUAGAGCAAGAAGUGGCGCGCAACCUUAAAUAUUGCCAUCCUGAUUCACAUAAUAUUAUAAUCAGAGAAUGCGAAACCCAAUAUGUAGCUGUGCAUCAAUCACGUAUACAUGGUGAAUUUGAAGUUAUGAUAUCCAAUGAGAGAUAUGAAGAUUGUACUAUGGCAUACAACCUCUUAUCACGUAUAACUAACGGUGUCAAUCCUUUGUUGGAGAUAUUCGAACAAUAUAUUUCAAACAUUGGAAAAGAAUUGAUUGCGGGAAUGGGCAAUUCAAUAGCUAAGGAUCCUAAAGAAUAUGUAGAGUCGCUUAUGAAUCUUCAUAUAAAGUACAUGAACGUUUGCCAAAAAGUAUUUAUUAAUGAUGCAGCAUUUGUCGCAGCUGUAGAUAAGGCUUUUAGAACAAUCAUUAACGACACAAGCAUUGUACAUUCGCCCGAAGUUCUUGCCCGUUAUUGUGAUGUGUUGCUAAAGAAAACACACAAAGGUGGAUUUAGUGAACAAGAAAUUGAGGACAAAUUAGAUCGAAUGAUCGUUCUCUUCAAAUAUAUUGAUGACAAGGACGUGUAUCAAAAAUUCUAUUCAAGAAUGCUUGCCAAACGUUUGAUAUAUGGCAAUUCUGUAUCUGAUGAGGCGGAAAUGAAUAUGAUUACACGUUUAAAAAUUUCGUGUGGUGUGGAGUACACUAGUAAGCUGCAAAAGAUGUUUACCGAUAUUACGCUUAGUACGGAAAUAAACGGCAAAUUUUCUGAGUAUACCAAAAAGAAUUUCAAUGGAGAAAAUGGCUCGCCGGUUGAUUUUUCCAUCUUAGUUCUAACGGCUGGUGCAUGGCCGUUAACGCAGUCUUCGAUGACAGAAUUUCAAUUACCGACAGAGUUAGAAAAAAAUGUUACGCACUUUUCAACAUUUUACAACACUCAUCAUAUUGGCAGAAAGUUGACAUGGUUAUGGCAUUUAUCCAAAGGUAUGCAAUUCACUGAUGUAAAGUCGAAUUAUCUUGAGAAACGUUACGAGUUUUCAGUGUCUCUUCACCAACUUGGUGUUCUACUAUUGUUUAACAAUGUAGAUGCAUAUUCAUUUAAAGAUAUACGUGAACACACGGGUUUGAAUGAUUUAGAAUUGAGAAGGGUCAUGAAGCCCAUGAUUGAUUUAUCAGUAUUUUUGGUUUCAACAUCCGGAACAUUGCAAGAUGAUACAGAAGUUAAACUUAACAUGGGAUUCACAAACAAACGUAAUAAAAUCAAGAUCAGUUCCUCCUUACAAACUGAAACUCACCAAGAAAAUGAUGCUACGCGAAGAUCAGUUGAUGAAGAUCGUAAACUUUAUCUGCAGGCGUCUAUUGUUCGAGUGAUGAAAUCACGCAAGUCUUUGACACAUACAUCACUAGUACAAGAGGUCAUUAAUCAGGCGAAGUCACGAUUUAAUCCUAGUAUGCCGAUGAUUAAAAAGUGCAUUGAGCAGCUACUAGAAAAACAAUAUAUUCAACGGA